UAUGGUCACAAGCGCCCUCCCUACUUCCCGUCCGUCUCUCUUUGGGACCAUGUGAGUGUCUUCCAUAUCGGUCUUAAAGCGCGUUACAUUUCACUUCCUCUGUUCUCCUUGGGGUGUUACUUCGACGUUUCCUCUUUGAGCAGCGAGUUUAUUGGGUCACCAUGCCGCACGCCUACCCCUUCCUGAGCACUGAGCAGAAGAAGGAGCUCAGUGACAUUGCCCAGAGGAUCGUGGCCCCUGGGAAGGGCAUUCUCGCCGCUGAUGAAUCCACGGGCAGCGUCGCCAAGCGCUUCCAGAGCAUCAACGCCGAGAACACGGAGGAGAACCGGAGGCUGUACCGGCAGUUGCUGUUCACCGCCGACGAACGCGUCAACCCCUGCAUCGGUGGGGUCAUCUUCUUCCACGAGACGCUGUACCAGAAAGAUGACAGUGGCAAGCUCUUCCCCCAGCUCAUCAAAGAGAAGGGAAUGGUGGUGGGGAUCAAAGUGGACAAGGGCGUGGUCCCCCUGGCAGGCACCAAUGGCGAGACCACCACCCAGGGCCUGGACGGGCUCUAUGAGCGUUGCGCGCAGUACAAGAAGGAUGGCGCUGACUUUGCCAAGUGGCGCUGCGUGCUGAAGAUCACCCCCACCACACCGUCCAGCCUGGCCAUCAUGGAGAAUGCCAACGUCCUGGCCAGAUACGCCAGCAUCUGCCAGAUGCAUGGCAUCGUGCCAAUCGUGGAGCCCGAGAUCUUGCCUGACGGCGACCACGACCUGAAGCGCUGCCAGUACGUGACGGAGAAGGUCCUGGCUGCGGUCUACAAGGCCCUGUCUGACCACCAUGUCUACUUGGAGGGCACCCUGCUGAAGCCCAACAUGGUGACAGCCGGACACUCCUGCUCUCACAAGUUCAGCUCUCAGGAGAUUGCCAUGGCAACUGUCACUGCCCUCCGCCGCACAGUGCCCCCUGCAGUUCCUGGUAUCACCUUCCUGUCUGGAGGUCAGAGUGAGGAGGAGGCCUCCAUUAACCUGAAUGCCAUCAACCAGUGUCCCCUGCACAAGCCCUGGGCUCUCACCUUCUCGUACGGCCGUGCUCUGCAGGCCUCUGCCCUCAAGGCCUGGGGGGGCAAGAAGGAGAACGGCAAGGCCUGCCAGGAGGAGUACAUUAAGAGGGCCCUGAGUAACAACCAGGCUGCCCUUGGGAAGUAUGUGACCUCUGGGGACAAAAGUGCCGCAGCAGGAGAGUCCCUGUUUGUGGCCAACCACGCAUACUGAACCCGGAACAUUCCACUUCCGAGUCCAGCCGCCACACUCCUCCUCGACUCAAUUAAGCAGCUCCUUUUCCAAAGUCUGCCACCCCAUUCCCACUUCCUGUUUCUUCCAAGUGUGGAGUCACUAGAGAACCUUUUGUUUCUGUUUAGCAGGAAAGGGUCAAAUGUGUCACAUUAUGUAUUUUUUGAGAUAUCCACUUCCAUGCGUCCUGUCUGUAAACGCGUCCGGGUGUGGACGUGCUUCCUGCCAGUUGUGACGUUUCACUUGCAGUGUAUGUAAUUCCCUAAAGCAUGUGCCUUCUAUUGCCCAGAAAUCUAUUGUGGGAAUGAAUUUUACCAUAAAACAUUGUAUACUGUACACUGGAAAAUAAAUUAUUCUUCCCCCCA